AAUUCGCAACAGCUCUCUCAGGAUGUUUCCAUCCCAGUAAUUGAUUCUGAGAAUGGUGCAAAAGAUGAGGAAAAAUCGAAAAAUGCCUCGGAUGUGGUUGAAAAAAGCGCCGUAAUUGAUGAUCUUCCAUCAUACGAGCAUGCAACAACUGACGCUACUCCGGCAUAUUCUGUAUCUGAUCCUUCUCAUCAACAUUCUGAUCCUUCGCCUGUUGCUUCAAAAC